GGGCGGCCCCGUCCGUCUGUCCCCGCCGGCGAGGAUCUCCCCCGCCGCCGCCCCCGCCCGCGCCCGCGCCCGCGCCGCCGGCCGCGCUUCCCUUUCCUGCCGCGCGCCCCCUCCCUUUCCGCCCUCCCCGCCUCCCUGCCUGUCCUUCCCCGCUCCCGCUCUCCUUCCCCGCCGCCUGCCUUUCUUUCCUCUCUGUGCGCCGGCUUCGUGAGGCUUUUACGCACCCGCGCGCCGUCCGUUGCAGCUUACAUAAAGGCGGGCGCGAUUAUGCAAUUGCGUUGUUAGCGAUAUUUCGAGAGCGGUGGCUCGUUUCCUUAGGAUUUCGACACGAAGGGACGUGCGUUUCUUAAAAGCAGCACUGAGAAUAAAGCCUUGCAACGGAAAGAAUGUUUUUCGAUAUUUUUACACGAUCUCUGCUUGGACCAAACCUGUCUGGACCUUUUUUUUUUUUUUUUUUUUAAUGGAAAAGGGAAGAGGUGGAGGAAAGAAUGGAAAUUAUUUCUGAAAGGUCAAAAGAGAGCAUGUAUUUCUGGAACAAAACUGCAGAGAAAAGUGACUUUGAAGCUGUGGAAGCACUUAUGUCAAUGAGCUGCAGUUGGAAGUCUGAUUUUAAGAAAUACAUUGAAAACAGACCUGUUACCCCAGUAUCUGAUAUGUCAGAGGAGGAGAAUCUUCUUCCGGGGACACCUGAUUUUCACACAAUCCCAGCAUUUUGUUUGACUCCACCUUACAGCCCAUCUGACUUCGAACCCUCUCAAGUGUCAAAUCUGAUAGCACCAGUGCCAUCUACUGGACACUUCAAAUCACUGUCGGAUACUGCCAAGCCUCACACUGCUGCACCUUUCAAAGAGGAAGAAAAUAGCCCAGUAUCUGCUCCCAAGCUCCCCAAGGCUCAGGCAACAAGUGUGAUUCGUCAUACAGCUGAUGCCCAGUGUAACCACCAGUCUUGCCCAGUGAAAGUGGCCAGCAUUCUCAACUCUCAGGACAACUCUUUUCGAAGAAGAACCCACCUAUCUGCUGAGGCUGCAAGAAAAAACAUACCAUGUGCUGCUGUGUCACCAAACAGACCCAAGUGUGAGAGGAGCGCAGUGGCAGAUGUUGAUGAGAAAGCCGGUGCUGCACUGUAUGACUUUCCCGUGCCUUCCUCAGAGACUGUCAUCUGUAGGUCUCAAGCAGCCCCCAUGUCCCCCCAACAGAAGUCGAUGUUGGUCCCUCCACCUGCAGUGUCCUCGGGGGGAGUGCCGCCUAUGCCGGUCAUCUGCCAGAUGGUUCCCCUUCCUGCAAACAACCCUGUCGUGACAACAGUCGUUCCCAGCACUCCGCCCAGCCAGCCGCCCGCCGUCUGCCCCCCUGUCGUGUUCAUGGGCACUCAGGUGCCCAAAGGCGCUGUCAUGUUUGUGGUACCCCAGCCCGUUGUGCAGAGCCCAAAGCCUCCAGUGGUGAGCCCAAAUGGCACCAGACUCUCUCCCAUUGCCCCUGCUCCCGGGUUUUGCCCUUCGGCAGCCAAAGUCACUCCUCAGAUCGACUCAUCAAGGAUAAGGAGUCACAUCUGUAGCCACCCAGGAUGUGGCAAGACAUACUUUAAAAGUUCCCAUCUGAAGGCCCACACAAGAACACACACAGGAGAAAAGCCUUUCAGCUGUAGCUGGAAAGGUUGUGAAAGGAGGUUUGCCCGUUCUGAUGAACUGUCCAGGCACCGGCGAACCCACACAGGUGAGAAGAAGUUUGCCUGUCCCAUGUGUGACCGGCGGUUCAUGAGGAGUGACCAUUUGACCAAGCAUGCCCGGCGCCAUCUGUCAGCCAAGAAGCUACCAAACUGGCAAAUGGAAGUGAGCAAGUUAAACGACAUUGCCCUACCUCCAACCCCAGCUCCCACACAGUGACAGACCAGAAAGUGAAAAGUCACCUAACUUUGGUCACAGCUGGGAGCCAGUGGUGAUGGAAAACGCUUCCACCGCAAGUCUGUGUCCCUCCUGCGUGGGCUGAAAGCUGAGUCCCCGCAGCCUGGCGUGGAGGCCCAGCCUGGGCAGAGAUGACAAGACAGGCUUUGGCCACAGGCAGGUCACAGAACGACAGGUUUCAUUUCUUACGACAUAAGAGAGAUGAGGAAGCUUUUAUUCCUUUGAAUAUUUUUUGAAGGUUUCAGAUAAGGUCAACACAGCACCGGUUUUGAGUUUAUGUGCACAUUUUUUACUUUACUUUUGCUGUUUAUACUUGAGACCAACUUUUCAAUGUGAUUCUUCUAAAGCACUGGUUUCAAGGAAAUAGAGAUGAAAUAAACAUUACGGUACAGAGAUGGAGAUGUAAAAUCAGUUUGUGUUAUUACAGAUAUCGUCAUCUUUUUCUCGAGUUAUCUUGUUUACUAUUCCUAGUCUUUCCAGUCAACUUUGUGGAUGUAGCUAUUAAAUAUAUCUAGAACUAUCAUUUUUACACUUGUUAAUAUUUGGAAUUGAACGGCUGUAAACUGCUAAGAGGGUCCAAAGAAUUGGAAUCCUCCGUAAUUUAACUGCUUUGAAGUAUAGCUACAAUCUUUUUUUGCAUUUUUGUUCUGAAAGUUUAACAAAAGACUAUAUCUAGGCAUUUUAUUUUGCGUUGAGCUUUAGUUUGCCUGCAGUUUCUUGUGUAGAUUUGAAAAUCGUAUACCAAUGUGUUUUCUGUAGACUCUAAGUAAGAUACACUGCACUUUGUUUAGAAUACAGAUCUGAAGAUGAAAAUAUAUAUUAUCAAGAAGGGAUAUCAAGAAUUUUAGAUAACUCCUUGAAAAAGAUGGCUUAUGUCAUCAGGAAAGCACCCUUAUGUUAUAAGAAUAUGAUGUUUGUUUGAUUGAAUUAGAAAGUUAGUGACCAUUAUUCACAGAUGGACAAAUGGUGUCCUUUUAAUUUAUAGGAGUUUUUUUGGGAUGUGGAUGUAGGUGAGUAUACAAAUUAUUAUUAGAACAUUCACUUCUGUUAACAGUAUUUCUGUUAUAUUCUGUUAUAUAGUGGAUGAUAUACACAGUGACAAAAGUCAAUUAUUUAAAAUAUAGUGAAAAAUGUCACUAUUAUCUUCCCAUUUAACAUUUUUCUGUAUAUUGAGUGUAGAUUUCUGACAUCAAAUCUCAGACCUUUGGAAGACAAAAAAAGUUUUCUCUUAAUUAAAAAAAAAAAGAACCUUGUGACUUACAAUUUGCACAACAUCUCUUUUGUUGUACUUUAUAUCUUGUUUACAAUAAAGAAUUUCCUUUGGUAUAU